AUGACGGAGGAACCGGUGGCGGCGCCGGGGGCCUCCCAGGCGGCGUCGGCGGACCCCGUCGGGCAUUCCGUGAUCCCGAUCGUGAACAAGCUGCAGGACAUCUUCUCCCAGCUCGGGAGCUCCUCGACGAUCGACCUGCCGCAGGUAAUCGUGGUUGGCAGCCAGAGUAGCGGCAAGUCCAGUGUCCUGGAAGCCCUGGUGGGGCGAGACUUCCUCCCCAGGGGUUCCGACAUAUGCACAAGGAGGCCGCUGGUGCUGCAGCUUGUGCACAGUCCCCGGAAAACCGAUGGGACUGGCGAAGGGGAUGAGUGGGGCGAGUUCUUGCAUAUUCCAGGAAGGAGGUUCUAUGAUUUCUCUGCUAUCCGUAGGGAGAUCCAGGUAACGGCUGUUUCCUUCGGUCUGUCUGUAGGGAUUUCAUCUUUACUGAUGUUGCCUCGACUUCCUCGGUUGGUUGCCUCUCUUCAUACUGCGACCUCUGUAGGUUAGGAAUGGGUCUGCACAUGCUUGAACAAGUAGACUUUCUUUUGCUUUCAUUUUUUUUGAUGCGUUGUUUGUUUUCACCAAUAUAUUUCAGUCUUAAUCCGCAAUUGUGCGAAUGGAUCAUUGGUGUCGACUAUAUUUAAUUGCCUUGAUUCAUUUUGAAUGAAUGAGACAGUUUUAAUCUCAAAAGAUAUGUAGAGAAAGUUUCCAUGCACCAAAUGCAACUUAGUAGCGAAAGUUCCAAAGAGGUUGUACUCGUUUGUAUUGAACUGUUAGGAAAUUUGAGGAGUUUGGGGAAAAAUUCCUUUUUGACCCUUUUAGAACUUAGUUGUUACAAUACCUCUGCCAAAGUAAUAAUAAUAAGGAAAACAAACUUUUGUUCAGUUAUUUGUAAAACCCAGUGGGAGGUUUCUCUUUAUUUCAAUGAUAAUUUUAGAGUUUGAUUUGAUGAUGGUAUGCUAGUUGUAAAUAUCGAUUUUGAUGCUGUGGUGCAAGACCUGUUUCCUUUGAGGCAGUCGUACAAGAACGAUUUUCUCCAGCUCCAAUUAGGUUCUUUAUUUGGUACAUUUGUGUGUAAGCUGUUUUUCUAACUAGGAUAGUAUUUCUGGGGGUGGGAAGAAUAUUUUUGUACCUUGUAAACAAUCUCCAUAUUUUCAUCCUCACAAAGAAGUAUCAUCCUCACAAAAGAUAGUAUCAAGGUGAAAGGUCAAGUUAGGCUAACAGCUUUGGAAGGAUUUUUAUAUUCAGUGAAUCAGCAAUGAAACAUUGAAAGCUUUAUUCUACCAGGAUAAUACUGCUUAGUCUCUAGUUUUCCUUCCUCAUAAAAAUGGGAUGAUACUUUAUUGAGAAAAACAAAUAAGGGACUUGUAUAUUUUAUCUGUUUGAUGGGCUUCUUGAUAAGUCAUGUAUGACAUCCUUGCCAUUUUCAUGGUCAAUUCACCAUACAUUGAUGCUUGUCAUAAGUUUGCUGUUGUUAAUUUUCAGGCUGAAACAGACAGGGAAGCAGGUGGCAACAAGGGAGUUUCUGAUGAACGAAUACGCUUGAAGAUUUUCUCACCAAAUGUUCUUAACAUCACAUUGGUGGAUUUGCCUGGAAUAACAAAGGUACCAGUUGGUGAUCAGCCAAGUGAUAUUGAGGCACGAAUUAGAACAAUGAUCUUGUCCUAUAUCAAACAUGAAACGUCCAUAAUUUUAGCUGUAACACCAGCAAAUUCAGAUUUGGCAAAUUCAGAUGCUUUGCAGAUGGCAAGGAUAGCGGAUCCAGAUGGUAAAAUUUCAAUUUUUUUUGUACAAGUUUAAAGUACAAGUUUGGUUAUAAUCCUAAUAGUGUCUUCUGAUAUUAUGACAGGUUCUCGAACAAUUGGUGUUAUCACAAAGGUUCCACAUGCAUAUUAAUUUCCUUUUGUUGUCAUUUCUUAUUUUGUUUGAAGAGCACGCUCCUUGACAUGCUAUUUGACUGUAUUUCAGUUGGAUAUUAUGGAUAGGGGCACUGAUGCCCGUAACUUUCUUCUGGGGAAUGUAAUUCCUCUUAGACUCGGUUAUGUGGGCGUGGUGAAUCGAAGCCAGGAGGUACACAUUUUGAUCAUCAUUUCAUGACUUGAUUGCAUUAUUUUAUGUUGCUCUCUUUCCAUGAAAGAGUAUGAUGUCAGGUAAGUUGAUGCUUACCGUAGCAUGUUCAUUUGCAUUAUUCUUGUUAUGGCCUCGUAUCUCUUCUGCUUAUUUUUCCUUUUUCUUAUGUUUCAUUUCUGAUUAUACAACCCACUCUAUCUGAGUUAAUUUAAAUACAUUUGGGACCAGGAGUGAAACUUGAGUUGUCAUCUCCAAUAUAGUUUUUGAGUUUCUCGGCUAGAUCACAUUGUGAGACUGCUAAGGUUUGAAAAUGAUCCUUGGAUGCUGCAGAGUAGCUAGCCAUGCAGCAGGUUAUUGUGAGACAGCAAUUUAUAUUAGCUGUGAGUUUGUACUAGUUCGUUUAGUGAAGUGGGUGACGUGCGCUGGUGGGAAAUGGUAAAAUUCUCCUUUUUUCUCCUUUUUGAAGACAAGGGAAUAAGAAUAUUGUCACUAAGCAAGAAGGAGAUAUGCCUUGGAUGUCUGUGCACCUUUCUCCCCUAUUUUACGAGCAUGUUCGAUUGUCAUUGUCAUCGUUUCUAUUAUUCAUUUCUUGAUUCACUUCAAGUUGCGUCCUUAAGUUACUACCCAAUGUAGUAAUCUGACAUAUACUCUGUUUUAUGAUUUGGAAUAUCUCUUAAAAGUUUCUUUACGUGAAAUACAUACGAGUUUAAAUGUCCGCUUUUAGAUUUGAGUUUCUGAUUUAUAUUUUAUUGUGGAAUGAAAACGUGUUUACAGCUCAAGAACUUUUUAUUGAUUAUAAUGGACAUAAUUUAAGUCUUUGUUUGCCCACUCCCUAUCCUCUGUUCCCCACGUCUAUUAAUACCUUAUGGUCAAGCUCCUUCAUGAUCAACCAGGUUUUAAGAGAGUCUAGGAUUUCAGUUCAACUCCUUGUCUCUCUUCUGAACGUUCUUUUGGGUUCUAAGGUUCAAGAAAAAAUAUAGUUUACAAUAUUUAUUGAUUAGCUAGUGUGAAUUUACAUAACGCAGUUUCGAAUGCUGGAAUUGAUCGCUUAUUAAUGGCUGAUGGUAUUUGUUAGGCCCCAUUUUGUUGGGGCUGAUAACAGGCCCAUUAUCAGGGCGACUUAUGUCAGGAAAGGGGAAGGCUAAGACAUAGCGGGUGAUGGGUUCAAUAUGAGGGAGGAUAUAAGGACCCUCAGGCACCCUUAAUGGGGGGGCACUUUUUGAAGAAGUCAGUGGGAGAGUGGGGCGCUCUCAAACUUGUCGCCAACUGUUUCAGGGUUUUCUCAGGAAACUCUUUUUGCUCUGCUCUUUCCUGUUGUCCGUCUCAGUGGAGUUAUUUUUCCCUGUUCCUUUCAGUUAUGUUUCCUGGUUGCUACCCUAGCUUCUACCCUUGUUUUGGUUCCUGUUCUUGGAUCAUAUCAGUUUCUGUUCCGUUUCCCAUGUUAUGUAUUAGCUUAUGCAGAGAUCCACAAACUGAGAUCUGCUAUAUUGUUUCGUCCAUUUCUCAUCUGCAACAGGAUAUUACGCUCAACAGGAGCAUUAAAGAUGCACUAGCCUAUGAAGAGAACUUCUUCUGUAAUCGUCCGGUAACAAUUAUUUCCAGAUUUGGUUUCUUAUCGUGCAUCUUUUCUGUCAUUCUGUUGAUCUUGUUUUGAUUCCAAAUACAGGUCUAUCAUGGGCUCUCUGACCGCUGUGGUGUUCCUCAGUUGGCAAAGAAAUUGAAUCAGGUUUGGUUCAUUAAUUUUCCAUAAAAGUCAAUUUCUGAUCUUUUGCUAUGUCUACUUUGUGCUAAUGUAAACAUAUCCUUGGACAUAAUGAUAACUCGAAAAUCACUCUCCAUUCGCGCUGUAAAUGGCUUGCUUUUACUUUGAUUAAUAAUUCUCUUCUAUUGCCUUCUACAAAUCUGGCUGGCUCCUAAUGACUUUAAAUAUCUGUAUUAGAUUCUUGUACGGCACAUCAGAGCUGUUCUCCCAGGUUUGAAGGCCCGAAUAAGUGCUCAGUUAGUGUCUGUAGCAAAAGAACAUGCCACCUAUGGUGAAAUCACAGAAUCCAAGGUAUAAAACACUACCAUUAUCAGUUUAUUUCCAUGUCUCUUGCCGAUCAAAGUUUAAAACUUUUUAACUUUUCUGGCCAAGCCUUUUUUCUCUUUCAAUCAGCUUGAUCACCGAUUCUCAUUUUCACUUCAUUCCUGAAUACUAGCGAUGAUAUUGGUUUUAACCCUUUGUUAUUUUGUUCUUCCUGAAGUCUGGACAAGGUGCACUGCUCCUGAACAUUCUUGCAAAAUAUUGUGAUGGUAUCUUUCUGCACCAACUUUUUCCUUCCUUUUUUGCGUUAUUUUUGUAAAACAUUAAUUUUCGUGAAUGAUUUCCGAGCCCCUUUUUACUUUAUUCUAAUAUCUAUUUAAGAAAGUAUAAUAUUUCUAAAGUUGUAGUUAAAGAAAUAUGUUGGAUUUAUUAAGCUUAGUUCUUGAGAUGUUUAUGUAUUUUCUUACUGAUAAUAUAUGUUCGUUAUUCUCAUCUUAGUUAUUUGCAUUUUGGUUCGGUUAGAGCCUCACGAAUGAACAUUGGAUGAAACAAACCUCUGAAUAGAAUGUAUAAACGAUAAAUAUCCUACUGAGAUCAUUUUGAAGUCUAUAUCAUAAGAAGGUUCGAUCUAGUAAAUUGCAACUAUUCAUUCAAUUUAUAACUAACUGGAACUGGUGGAUCCAUCCAGCAUAGAAACAGACCAUCUCAGAAUCCAUAAAGCGGUGUGAAUGAAGGGUACCGUAGUUUAUCGUCCGCUUUAGUCCAUUUUGUUUUAACAGUUACUGUCAUUCCUCAGUUUGCCCAGCAGGAUGUUGAGAGCCGCUUUGUUGUGUGAAAAAUUCCCAUUGUAGGUUCCUCUCCUUGAGCCCUCGUCUGUUUCAAAUACGUAACUAUAGAUUUUUGAUGGAUCAAUAAAAUUCUUUUACUUGAUGAUGUCAAAUUUCACAAAACUUGAAAAGCGCAAAAACUUUGUUAAAAAAAAAAAGUUGGCAUCAAGAAGAAAAAAUGUCUGCUCCACAACUGACUACUGUCUAGCCCUGAUCUGUUUGCCUGGAUAAUAAUGUUGGGUACUUGUAAAGAUGGGUCAAUCAUCUGAAUUUUUUAGGAUUUUAUUUAUUCACUGUCUUCUUUUGGUGGAACUGAGUUUCUUGUAAAGUUGCCGAUUUUUUAGUCGUGUCAUUCUUUUUGUAGACCUAAAUUAUGAAAUUAUUAGUCUAAUAUAUGCAGAGCAUUGAACUUUGGUUUGUCCGUCAUGCAUACUCUGUGUGAAGCAUUGGUUUAUCAGCCAAGGCAUUUCCGAGUGGUACAUGCCAUAUAUUAAGAAUGAAUUUCCUUUGUGUGAAGCAUUGGUUUAGCUGGAUGAAUUUCCUUUUUUUCUGUUCUUAUGUCUUCAGAAUCGGCAAUGGUAUAAAACCUCUGCUAUGCUAUUUGUUGCAGCAUUUUCUUCUUUGGUGGAAGGAAAGAAUGAAGAGAUGUCAACCACUGAGCUGUCUGGUGGAGCAAGGAUUCAUUAUAUUUUCCAAUCUAUUUUUGUGAAGAGUUUGGAGGUGCAUACAAUGCCAGAUACUCAAGUGCUCUAGUAUAAACAUAUCAUUUUAUUACAUUUUGUUAUUAAACUGCUGUCUGUUAUGAAAUCACAUCGUUGGGGGUUUUCUUCUUUAGUUUUAUCUUAUCCUGUAGUCAUGAGAUAGGGUAAAUUUUGCUAACAUAUCCAUCCUGUGACUGUUAUCAUAAUACCAUUGUUUAUCUCUUCACACAGUUUUUUCUUUUCUUCUAUAUUUAAAACGAUACCUUUGGGGACAGGAAGUCGAUCCUUGUGAUGACCUGACAGAUGAGGACGUCCGUACUGCCAUUCAGAAUGCUACUGGUCCAAAGAGUGCUCUGUUUGUGCCAGAGGCGAGUGUAAAUUUUAUACACAUUUCUCUUUUGGAACUGAUCAUUGAAUAUUUUUCAUUUGUUGCUAUUGAUUAUGAGUAUUUACUACAACUGUUUGGAUACUCUCAUUAGGUUCCGUUUGAAGUUCUUGUUCGUAGGCAAAUAUCUCGAUUAUUAGACCCAAGCCUUCAGUGUGCAAGGUUCAUAUAUGAUGAAUUAAUCAAGGUGAACCCUCAUCUGCAUAGUGAUGUUUGUUUUUUUUUCUUUUUUCAAUUACUGCCCUGGGUUGAUUCUAACAUUAUUUUCUAAUUCAGAUGAGCCAUCGCUGCCUAGCCAAUGAGCUUCAGAGGUUUCCCAUUCUUAGGAAAUGCAUGGACGAAGUUAUUGGAAAUUUCCUACGUGAGGGCCUUGAGCCAGCAGAGACAAUGAUAGGUCAUAUCAUUGAGAUGGAGGUAUGCUGAUUAUUGGUCAUCAAAGGAUAUUGAGUCCAGUGAAAGUAUUGAAUUUAUUAUUUUCUCUUAUUUAUCAUCCUACAUGCGUGGAAUCUUAAGGAUCUAAAUUAUCGCCAUACAUACUUCCUCUGUUCUGUUAUAUUAUUUUCAUUAAUUUCUCUUAACGAUGUCUUCCACAGCUAAUUUGAUUAAAGGGUCUUGCAGAUGGAUUACAUAAACACUUCCCACCCAAGUUUUAUCGGUGGUAGCAAGGCUUUGGAGGUGGCAUCUCAGCAGAUCAAAACUUCUAAGAUAACAGCACCAUUACCCAGACCGAAGGUUAUUAAUCUCCUCUUUCUAUGCCCUAAAUAUAGUCAAAACUCCACUCUUUUUAAAAAUAACAUACACAUAUGGAGGCACUUUGAGAACCCCAUUUUUUUUAUUUAUGUUGGUUUAAUGGGUGAUAAUCUUAUGGUUCAGGUUAUCUGGCGUAAUCUCACAAUCUAUAGAAGUUUCUAGCGCCUGCAUUAGAAAAAUUACUGACCUUGGUAGUACAUUAUACCCUCCAGGAUUCAGUGGACUCAGAUAAACUUCAAGCAUCAGAAAGGAGUGUGAAAACCCGGGGCAUUCUCGGCAGAUCCGGGGCCAACGGAAUCGUUACCGAUCAGGUUGUAAACUGCCAUUAUUGCAUACGAUUGGAGAUCUCGAUGUUUCUCUUAGUGGCUCUAUCUAAUCUGUAUUAUUGAUUUUUAUUUUAUCUGGUUGAUGGACAGGGAGUUCGACCCAUUGUGGAUGGUGAGAGACCUGGCUCAUCUGGUAAGUACACUUACGUUGAUGAGGAACAGGUUAAAAACCAAGGUACUUGAGGAAUAAUUAAAGGAAAAAAAAAAAGAGAUGGAGAGACAAACUCGGAAUGAGAUGAAGAAUAUAUCACAGCAAAAAGAAACUUAGAUCUGUCUGUCACAAAUAAAUAGAAUAAUCCAGAUCCCAAAUGAAUAAAUUUAAAGCUAAUAAAUAUAUGUCACAUUAAUUACAUGAUUUUACUUAUUUUUUCUAAUGUGGGGCUAUCCUGAUUCUCUCUUGACAAUUUAUUGCAUGAUCCCUUAAUGAAACAUUUCUUGACUAGUUUUGGGUAAAUUCACUUGCAUCAUUUCAUAAUAAUCGAAAACAUUUGACCCUAAGAUUUGCUGAAUUAGGAAGCACUUCUGGGACUAGCUGGGGCAUCUCAUCAAUCUUUGGGGGUGAAAGUCGUUCAUAUGUGAAGGAAACUGUAGCCAGCAGACCCCACAAUGAGCCCCCCCACAGUCUAGAGCAUUCUCUUUCUAUGAUCCAGUUGAAAGAGGUAAGAUCUUGGUGAAAAUACAUCACGUGGACAUUUGAUUAUUGUGGCAUUUGACUUUUGAGCCUCCGUGGCAGCCUCCAGUGGUCUUGAAGCCCUCGGAAAGCCACACAGAUCAGGAGGCUGUAGAAAUAACGGUCACAAAGUUACUGCUGCGGUCAUAUUAUGACAUUGUGAGGAAGAAUAUUGAAGAUUCUGUGCCUAAGGCAAUUAUGCACUUCUUGGUGAGAAAUUAUGUUCCAUUUUUGAACUGUUCUUGGGUGAAACUAUAUAUAUAUUUAUCUUAUUGAAUGUUUGGAUAGUUUCAAGUUUUUUCAAAUUGUUCUAGCACAUAUGGCAAAGAAUAAUUGAUUCAUCAGCUCAAAUACUUCUCCCCGUCUUUCCCAGGUCAACCAUACAAAGCGUGAGCUGCACAAUGUCUUCAUCAGGAAACUCUACAGGUACUUGAGAAAGGAGAAUUGCUCUCACUCUAGUGCCGUUUUUGAUUGGGAUGUGUGGUAGCCGAUCUGAUUCAGGAUGGUCAAGUGGUGCAUUCUGAUCUGUAUGUCUCGCUGAAUGGUGUCAAUUGGGUUGAGAAGCAGCUAGUUUGACUAGCCCAAUCCUUUCUGUAUUGAGGCGAUCUGACCGCCUGACUAGAUCGGCCAGUUUUGGAAUGGACUUGGCCCCUAAAGUGGUGUGGUUUGAUGAACAGGGAGAACCUCUUUGAAGAGAUGCUGAGGGAGCCAGAUGACAUAUCUGCCAAGAGGAAGCGGACUCGUGAGACUCUCCGUGUCUUGCAACAGGCCUUCCGGGUGAGUAUUUUAAUGAAGAUCAUUGGUUACCGGAGCGGUUUUUUCCCCUAAUUAUACCUGUGACUACAUCCAAGAGGCUCACUGGUAAGCCAAAAUCUUGAUCACCUAUCUGACGAACCAUCUCUCCCUCCUUCCUUCCCGCUCUCCCUCUGUCUCUCUGUCUCUGUCUCUGUCUCUUUCUGUCUGUCUCUCUCUGUCUCUCUUUCUGUCUCUUUCUGUCUGUCUCUCUCCCCCUCCCUCUCCCUCUCUCUCUCUCUCUCUCUCUCUCUCUCUCUCUCUCUCUAAGCUCCAAGGAUCUUUCUACGUUUUCUAUCAAAAUUUACUUUAGAAUAUUGAAUUCCCUUGGUGUUUUCCCUCCAAAUUAUGACUGAACCUUCUUCCAAUAUUGUCGAAGGUAACCCAAAAUCCUGAACACCCAGGUGGCAUCCUCUCUAUUCUCUCUCUCUUGCUCUGAGAUUGGUGCAUAUUUCUGACUGCUCUGUGUCUGACUUCCAUCGGCUGUUUUUUCUAUCAAAGUGGCUAUUUGAAGAACACCCAAAACAUGCCACUGACGGCAUCCUCUCUCUCUCUCUCUCUCUCUCCCUCUCUCUCCCUCUCUCUCUUAGUUUGGUUUGUAUUUGGGGGGUGGGCUGAGCUUACCAUUCGCCAUAGAGACCCUAAAGUAGUCCAUAGUUUUACUUAUUAUGUAUUCACCAAGUAUCUUUCUCUUGAUGUUCAUCAGACACUGGACGAGCUACCCCUUGAAGCAGAGACCAUCGCCAAGGGCUACACCCUGAGCUCCGACUCGACUGGCCUGCCGAAGAUCAACCGGGUCCCAUCCUCGUACUAUCCCCCCAGUGACUUCAGCACAUCUUCGUACAUGGGUUCCCCCAAGAACCCUAGAUCCAGGAAGUCCUCACACUCGGGAGAGCAGCCCUCCCCUCUCCACCCAUCCUCCGAUGCCAAUGGGGUCAUCUCCCACCACUCUGGGCUCAGCUCCUACCCACCUCUAGAUCUCUAA